CUUGGGUGGAAACGGCCAUUAGUAACCGGGUUAGAAAACGGUAUGUCAUUUCUCUAACCGUUUUGUAACCCGGUUAGUUAAACCGGAGCCACGUGAAAAGAACUAUUGCUUUAACUUAACCUAAGAAAAAAUCUGUAUGGAGAAGGAAGUGUUAUGGUUUUUAAUUUUUAUAAUUUAAAUAGAAUUUAAACUUUAAAAGACCCUAUCUUUAGAUUAACCUUGAGAGGUUUUCUUCAUCUAGCUGAAUCCCCAAAGGCACUCAUUUGUCUAGUUGAAUCCUUGCAAAACUAACCACAUCAAGAGAAUGGCCUUAUUUAUAAGAAAUGCAAAAGCUACAUGUGAAACUGUAACACCGUUGAUCCAGUUUAAAAGAUUCCGAGGCAAAAUCAAUAUCCAAAGACCCAGACCGCCUCAUUUUGAAAAAGCAAAAUAUCUAGCUCUAACAAAACCAUGGUACUUACCCAAAAACUUUGGCAAAACAAAUGUGGAGCUAUGCAGCAAAUCGGAAACUCUACUAUACAAAAAGCAAGAGGAGAGAAAUAUUUUUCAAGAAAUCAUUGCACAAGAACUAAAUCGUUGGUUUACAACAUCUAAGCUUAUAGCGUUUUGUCAUUACAAUUCUAUGUCCAAGGAACAAGAGUUUGACGCUUAUUUACAGUUUAAAAAUGCUAAAAUGCAUUUCAAACAAUAUGGAAAGAAGACCCUGGAGUUAGCUGUUAAAGGAACACCAUACGAAACAGUGCUCGAUUUUUACAUUUCAAGAAAUCUGACGAUAUUUAGUCCAGAACCUGAGAUCAAGAAGUUGUUGAGGGUUUUAAAGAAAUUUCCUCAACUUGUGUUAAUGGCUGGUAUAUAUGAAAACAGAUUAUUAAGCAAGGACGAACUGCUACAUUACAGUACAAUCCCCAACUUACAAAUGGCACAAGCAGGUUUAGUGCAAACACUGAAUAGUGCCAGUGUGCAGCUAGUCAGCAACCUAAAUAGUCAUCAAACAACACUGGUUUCACAUUUAGAACAAAGAGUAAAACAAUUAGGAGAGGAAUAAAGUGUCAAUUACUGUUUGUAAAUAAAAAAAAAAUAUUCUUAUUGUUUUGUUAAUUGCAAACCAAAAAUCC